CAUGGCCGAGGUGAAGGUGGCCGUGCUGGGCGGGAGCGGAGCCGGCAAGUCGGCGCUGGCCGUGCGGUUCCUGACCCGGCGGUUCAUCGGGGAAUACGCGUCCAACGCUGAAUGCAUCUACACUAAACACUUGUGCCUGGAUGGGAGGCAGAUACACCUGGAAAUUUAUGACCCUUGUUCACAGGUAAGAAUUGGUGGGAGGGAGGCAAAGAAAGGCUGUUCUUCAUUCUAUCUGUGUAUAUGGUAAAAAAGGGUUGAGGGGUUACAAAAUUCUUGCCUGCUGUUGGAAUUUGUCCUUGCUGGUUUUCUUUUAACAACUGAAAUUUUAUAGUUGCUGUGGCUCAGACCUGCUGAGUACUUUCCAAUUUCAUAGAAGAAGCCCUUCAUUGUUUAGAUUUUUUGU